CCGCCCCUCCUCCCUCCCACCUCUAAGCAGCCGCCAAAUCGCCAUGCAGGCCGCCGUUGCGUUCAAGCCCGUGGCUGCCCGCCCCCAGCUGCAGCGGGCCCAGAAGGCCCGCAGCACGCUGGUGGUGAGGGCUUCGGAGGCGGCGGCGCCAGCCGCUGAGGUCAAGAAGCCCGAUGUGGGACCCAAGCGCGGCACCUUUGUGCGCAUCCUGCGGCCCGAGUCCUACUGGUUCCGGGAGACUGGCAAGGUUGUGUCUGUGGACCAGAGCGGCAUCCGCUACCCCGUGGUGGUGCGCUUCGACAAGGUCAACUACGCUGGCGUGUCCACCAACAACUACGCCCUGGACGAGGUUGAGGAGAUGAAGUGAGGCGGCGGCAGCUGAGCGAGUCCCCCACUCGCGGCAGCCUGGCGUAGGCAGCCGCAGCCGUGUCGGGGGCUCGGGGCCAGGCUCAGGGGAGCCGAGCCGUCUGGGCAGCUUGCCGUGGGCAAGAGGGCGACCUCGUCCUCGGACCCUCUCCUGCCCGCACCUUGCUUGCUUUGUACCAACUCACCCACCACCACCCACCCACACUGCUACUCAUGUGCUCAGCCGCACACCGCACCCCACACCCGAGAAGAAAGAAUUCCCUACACCACGCUUGUGUGCUAUCGUAACCUCUUGAGAGCCGCCCUUCUGUAAGCGCGGUGCCGCUA